AUGACGACGAACAGGUCCAAGAAACACAACAACCAACUCGUCAGAGGCAAAAAAAAACCAAAGAUCCAAGAAAAAAAAAAGAUUACCGCAUGGAACGAAGACGAGGAGGAAGCUUUAGUAAAAGCUUGGAUUUUCAUAUCCCAAGACGGGGAUGUCGCCAACGCACAAUCGGGUCAAAGUUUUUGGUGUCGUAUUUUAGAUCAUUUCCACGCGUUAUUAGGAAAGAAAACGGAGCGGACGUACGACUCAAUCAACGCAAAAUGGCGUGACUUACGAGCGGCUUGCACCAAAUUCAAUGACAUAUUUGACAAGCUUAAAAAUAUGCAUAGAAGUGGUAGCAACGACUUCAACAUUUUAGCGAGUGCGUCCUACGAAUACAAAGUUACCACCAACCGUAAACCGUUCGGCCACCAAAAAGCGUGGGAAGUUUGUCGUAACGGUCCAAAAUGGGUUCUAUAUCCGGAAAUGGCGCAUUCGGGGAUCUACAACCGGUUCCAACAAAAGGGCAAGAACGUCCGAGUCGGACGUGGGUUUUGGAAUCGACCUCAACGAUGA